AGGUGUAUUCUGAGAGGAUGGAUUUUCGUCGAAGGAUCUGGCAACCCUGUCUGUGUCGCCAUCGCCACCGCUACAGUAAUGGUAGCGCCCUCGUGUAGUACAUGCGCACGAGGAACAAUUUUUAUAAGUAACAACCUCUUACAAAGGUGAACAUUCGCUGUUUCUUUCUUUCUUUCUUUACAUAAAGCAAGAUGAAGACCAAAAAUAUGAAGCCAAAGAAGCAUUUUGGGGUAUCUAAAAGAGGGAUCCUUGUGAAAGGCAAUUGGAAAGCUGUGGAUCUCGAUCCCAGCAUUUUCGCCACUGAGACCCUGGGAGAAGUGGUGUGUUUUGAAGAACUCUCAGAUUAUUCCAUGGUUCACUCUAAAAAGACUGCAGCUGUAGCUGGGCUGUUACAAAACACAACAGCCAGCAAGAAACGAAAGAAUAAGAGAAAAGCCUUUGAAACUGAAGUCGUAGAACAUCGUUUGGAAGAAGCUCAGGAAAAAGUGAUAAUGUCAUCUGAAGACAGUCCAGCUCAGAAGCGGAAAAAGAAAAAGAAGAACCAUGAGAGCGAUGAUGAGCUCGGAGAUGAUGAUUUCGAAGACAUAGAGGAUCAGACGCAAGAAGACUCUGAUAAUUGCACUGAGUUCGCAACAGAGACAACACAAAAUACCAAGAAGGUAAAGAAGAAGAAAAAGAAGAAGAAGAAAAAGAAUCAGAAAACUACAGAACAAACAGAGACUGAUGCCCAUGUAGACCCUGCUAAUGAGGUCCAGGUUCCAUUUAAAAGAAAAGCCAAGAACUGGACAGAUACAGCCCUCUCAAAAACAGCAGGGCAGGAAACUGAUGUAUCUGCAUGGAAAGACUUGUACGUGCCUGAUCCUGUGCUAAAGGCGCUGAGCACACUUGGAUUUUCUGCCCCUACACCAAUUCAAGCUCUUGCUCUUCCUCCUGCCAUUAGAGAUCACCUAGAUAUUCUGGGUGCAGCAGAGACGGGGAGUGGAAAGACAUUGUCUUUUGGAAUUCCGAUGAUCCACAGAAUAUUAGAAUGGAAGAAAACCAUUGACAGUAAAGAUGCAGAUGUGGAAUCUGAUCCUGUGGAAGUGGAGAGCAUUUAUUUGCCUUCAGUCAGAGACACAGCAGAUAAAGGUAGUGUGGACGCUCAAGAUGAGGAAGACGAUGACUGUGGUUCUGUUGAUGACCAUCAAAGUCAAAAUGAUGAUACACCAGGAAAUGAGGAAGGGAUCCAGAUCAUGAGCUUUAAUACAAAGAUAGAAGAAAAAGAUGAUGGCAGGAAACAGCCUUUACUUGGACUUGUUCUUACCCCAACCAGAGAACUAGCAGUGCAAGUCAAGCAUCAUAUUGAUGCCAUAGCACAGUUUACAGGUAUUAGAACUGCUCUUCUGGUAGGUGGGAUGGCACCACAGAAACAAGACAGGAUGUUGAAGCGCAGGCCGGAGAUUGUUAUCGCCACACCAGGGCGCCUGUGGGAGAUGAUUCAGGAUAAACAUCCUCAUCUGCACAACCUAAAGCAGCUCAGAUGCCUGGUUAUUGAUGAAGCUGACCGCAUGGUUGAAAAAGGUCAUUUUGCUGAGCUUGAGAACCUCCUGGAGAUGCUCAGCACUUCCCAGUUCAACCCGAAGAGACAGACCUUUGUGUUCUCUGCUACACUAACCAUGAUCCAUAGCCUGCCUGCCAGAGUGCUGAACAAGAAAGGAAAGAAAGUGGAGCAGCGCAGCAAGCUGGAGGUGCUCAUGGAGAAAGUAGGGAUCAAAGGCAAGCCAAAAGUGAUUGAUCUCACUCGGAAGGAAGCCACAGUGGAGACACUGACUGAAACCAGGAUCCACUGUGACAAGGAUGAGAAAGAUUAUUAUCUCUACUACUUCCUUCGGCAGUACUUUGGGCGCACUAUGGUGUUCGCAAACAGCAUUGACUGCAUCAAGAGGCUUAAUUCAUUACUAACUAUUUUGGAUUUGGAACCACUGCCACUGCAUGCUAAUAUGCACCAGAAACAGCGGUUGAAAAACCUGGAGCGAUUUGCAGAGAGGGAAAGCGGUGUCCUUCUCACAACGGAUGUUGCUGCUCGAGGACUUGACAUUCCAGAUGUUCAGCAUGUCAUUCACUAUCAGGUCCCACGAACGUCUGAGACAUAUGUCCAUCGGAGUGGACGUACAGCUCGUGCUGCCAAAGAAGGUCUCAGUUUGCUCCUGAUUGGUCCAGAUGAUAUGAUGAAUUAUAAGAAAAUCUAUAGGACACUGGGCAAGGAUGAGGACCUUCCUAUGUUUCCUAUUCAGAACAAAUGCAUGGUUGCCAUUAAGGAACGUGUCAAUGUGGCAAGAAAAAUAGAAAAGAUUGAAUACUUUAACUGCCGUAAGCAGCAUCACAAUUCCUGGUUCAGGCAGGCGGCAGAGGAAAUGGAUAUAGACCUUGACGACGACUUGCUUUUGGGAGGAGACCGGGAUGAUGAGAAUGACAGAGAGCAACAGAAACUUGUGAAAGGCUUAAAGAAACACCUGAAGCACCUGCUCGGUCAGCCAAUCUUUAAAGCCCACAUGAAGACUAAAUACCCUACUCAGAUGGGCAAACUUCAGCUGCCCCAGAUACCAUUGGGUGAUGAAACAGCUCUAAUUAGUGUGCACAAACAAAAACAGAAAGAUAAACAAAAGAAACAGAAAGGAAAACCACAGCAAAUGUAGUGAUAUAUAUACUGGUGGUUUAUAUAAUUAACAUUUAUACAAAAUAUCCAAGGCCAUUUACAGAUCACUUUUGUUCCAUUAGUGAUACAUGAACUGUCUUGUAAUGUACUGUUUUUGUACUAAAACAUUAUCUCCAAAACUGAACAGUUUCUUGUUCAUGGUCAGUGCGGAAAAAACCUAAUUAUAUACAAAUGUUUGAAAACUGUUA